GCGACUCACUCAGUAGACAAGUCAACUGUGGUUGAGUGUUUAGCGUGCUUACUUGCCUUACCUUGCCUCACUUGCCUUCAUUGUUUACUCGCGACAUGUUCGACUGGAUCAGAAGGAAGGAGCCGGUCCGCCGCAACAACAUGGCUUUCGUUAGCAGUUUACAGACCGCGUCCGAGGAAGACUUGUCGGAGGACGAACUUCAGAUCAUAGAACGGGGUGGCGCACGCAUCUACAGCACUCACCACCGACCCUCCCCUAGCGCCGUCUCCUCCACGACAUCCUCGGCUGCUUCAGUGGCCACCAGUGGGGGCAGCACCUGCGCCCUCAUCAAGCACAAACGCUAUCUCAAUCGGAUGGACCCUGGAGCACAGAAGGAACUCAACCUGCUCCUGAACUACCCCAAACUCCCGGAGAUGACCGACGUCAAGCCUAAGAGCGAAGAGGUGACGACACCGGUGGAAGUCGUCACACCGCCCCCCGCCGUCAUCGCAAUCGACAACUUCGAGCAUCGCACAUACGCCCCUCAGGUUCUGGCAGCCAUCUCAGUGUCUCUGGGUUCCAUGAUAGUCGGGUAUGCCAGCUCCUUCACCUCCCCGGCCAUUCCCCUCAUGAAAGAACACCCUGGCGCCCUCGGCCACCCCAUCACCGAAAAUGACGCCUCUUGGAUCGGGAGUCUCCUCCCUCUGUUUGCUAUCCUCGGUGGCAUGCUGGGCGGUCCCGCCAUCGACAUGAUCGGCAGACGCACAACUAUCCUCCUCACCGCUAUUCCCUUCCUAAUUUCUUUCCUGCUGAUUGCCUUCGCUUGGGACAUAUUCAUGGUGUUCAUCGGGCGGUGUAUUGGCGGCUUCUGCACUGGAAUCAUCACACUCGCCCUGCCAGUGUAUCUCGGCGAAACCAUUCAGUCGGAAGUCCGCGGUAUCCUCGGUCUCCUGCCCACUUCUGUCGGAAACUUAGGUAUCCUGGUGUGUUUCUUCUCUGGCAAAUACCUGACAUGGUCUCAGCUGGCUAUGCUCGGUGCCUGUAUCCCAAUCCCAUUCAUCAUCUGCAUGUUCCUGAUCCCUGAGACACCACGUUGGUACGUCAGCAAGGAGAAGAAGAAGCGUGGUCGCAAGGCCCUGCAGUGGCUGCGUGGCAAGAACGCGGACGUAAGCCAAGAGUACAGCGAGAUCGAGAAGAAUCACCAGGAGUCACAGCUGAACGAAACUUCUGCAGGCAUCGGUGAACUCUUCUCCCGCCGCUACAUCAAGUCCCUCCUUAUAUCGAUGGGCCUCAUGCUCUUCCAGCAGAUGAGUGGAAUCAAUGCAGUCAUGUUCUACACAGUCGACAUAUUCGCGGCCAGCAAAAGCACCAUUGACAACAACGUAUGCACUAUCAUCAUCGCCUUCGUUAACUUAAUCACAGUGUUCGUCAGCUCUGCACUCAUUGACCGCCUGGGCCGUAAAAUACUGCUGUACCUCUCCAGUGUCCUCAUGACCAUCACUAUUACUGCCCUUGGCAUCUACUUCUACUUCCGUGAAUACACAGACAUGGGAGACAAACUGGACAGCUACGGCUGGCUACCUCUUAUUAGCUUCAUCGUCUACAUCAUCGGUUUCUCCAUUGGCUUUGGUCCCAUCCCCUGGCUAAUGAUGGGAGAGAUUCUUCCAGCAAGGAUUCGAGGAUCUGGAGCUUCAAUUGUGACAAGCUUCAACUGGUUCACCACUUUCAUCAUCACUAAGACCUUCAGGGACUUCGGCAGCCAAUGGGGUUACAGCAUGCCAUUCCUGGCAUAUGGCUCAUGUUGUUUCAUCAGUCUGUUCUUCGUAAUGCUGUUCGUGCCCGAGACCCAGGGAAAGAGUCUGGAGGACAUUGAAAGGAACCUGACUGGAGAUGGCCCCAAGAUCCCCGUAAGGACUGCCCGUAGGAUGUCCUCUAUUGCCAACCUCAAGCCCACACCAAUAUCUAUCUAAAGGAACCUCGCCCAUUGUGUUGUUUUACUUGUUGUUGUAAUUGAGGUUAGCUCGACUACUAUUUAUGUACAAAGCCAAAAAUUUAUCUUUAAGAUUCUCGAGAUAAGAUGUGCGUCUUUUGUGGUCUGAGAUGUUGAUUGUGUCCUGACACGAUUGUAGUCUUCCACUAUUAGUCAAUUGGAAAGUAGGUCUAGGCAGCAUCUUGCAAAUCAAAUUGUCGCCUAUAUUUUUUAUAAUUCAUAUUGAAUUUCUAUUAACAAUUUUUAGACAGUUAAUGUUAAUUAUGGUUACUGUAGUUUGUACUUAACGUCACAAUGACACAUUCCAGCUACGCUGACAUUCCGUUCCUUACGUGGAGAAGAUCUGAAAUAUAUUGAUUUAAGGUUGAUCUGCAAGUUUGAGAUUGAGGUUUGGACUAAACCAAUAAGGUGCCAGGCGAGGCUUAACGGCAACUUUUAUGUUGUCUAGUGAUGUUAAUUAUAAAGUCAGGGUUUAGUGUUACCAAUCAUUGAAUGAAGAAUGUAAAUAUAAAUCUGAUUGUUGUUAAUAAUGUUAUUAUUGUUAUAAAUUAUAUUGUUAAAUCAGAAAUGGCAUGAGAAAUAGAAUCGACCGAGACACACACUGUCGGUUGGUUUUACUAAACUUGGACUGGUAUUAAAUUUCAAUACCACUUAUAUAAAAUAGUUAAAAGAUGUAUAUUUUACUACUAGAGUUUUUCCUACUUAAAGUUAAUGUGAGAUUAAUUAAAUUAUUGUAGAGAUAAUUAAGUGCCUUUCCUGAUAUUAUAGUUACAUUAGAGACUGUUGAUUAUUUUUCAAGUAGAAAGCAAACUUACAUUGAAAAAAAUCACAUGUAUUUAUUUAUUCUUUAUCAUAAAAAUACAAUAAGAACAUAUUUGUAAGUUGUAUAUUAAUAGUUUAAUGACAUGACAUACAUAACUAAAUCCUAAGACUUUAAUGUUAUUACUAAAUUGUUAUGUUGUAUACAUUUAUUUCUAAUUUUAUUAACAUGAAUCUACAAAAGUUUUAGAAUUGUGAUCUUUUUCAAUGAAUGAUUGCUUAUGGGAAACAAAUUAAGUUUACUUUGUGUUAACUUAUUUUUUAUUUUAUAAUAGGGACUUAGAUAGUCAAACUGUAUUUAUAUCAAAUAAAGUAUUGUGAUAAUUUUUACAAAAAAUGUUGUUGAUUUUUACUAUCCACAUUACCAAAUUGAUACAAAAAAACUACCAAAACAUUUAAGAUUCAAAAUUCUUACAUCAUAAUUGGUGACAAAUUCAACACUUUUGAAAACUAAUCUCUCCAGAUAAGGUACAGCAAAGAAGUUAGUUUGAUAAAAUGAAGUUAUUAAAGUCUAGAAGUUAAUAACUGGCACAAUGUUGGGGUAUAAAACUUCCAGUCCAAUAACAAUCAUUAUGAGGAAUACAAUUUUAUCAAUAUUUGCAUAAGAAUGCACAAUAUUAGUAAAACCAUUGGGCACAUCUCAAGUAAAGAUAUUUUAAUACGAUAUUUUAAAUAAAUAUUUAACAUGUAAUAAAUUAAGUUACAAGCAGCCUUCUAUUACAUACUUGUAACACUAUCAUAAUGGGCAAAAGUUCAAAGAUCAUUUAUUAAAAAAAUAAUGAAUGAUUCA